AUGGCGGAGAGCGAGGCCGAGACGCCCGGUACGCCCGGCGACUUCGAGAGCAAGUACUUCGAGUACCAGGGCGUGCGCCUGCCGCCCUUCUGCCGCGGCCGCAUGGAAGAGAUCGCCAACUGCCCCGUCCGCGACAGCGACGUCUGGAUCGUCACCUACCCCAAGUCCGGCACGGGUUUACUACAGGAAGUGGUAUAUCUAGUGAGUCAGGGAGCUGAUCCAGAUGAAAUUGGAUUAAUGAAUAUAGAUGAACAGCUUCCAGUCCUGGAAUACCCUCAGCCUGGUCUGGACAUUAUCAAGGAGCUCACCAGUCCUCGUCUCAUAAAAAGCCACCUACCAUAUCGUUUUUUGCCUUCAGACCUCCAUAAUGGCAAUUCCAAGGUAAUAUACAUGGCUCGCAACCCCAAAGACCUGGUAGUUUCCUAUUACCAGUUUCACCGCUCUCUUAGAACCAUGAGCUACAGAGGAACAUUCCAAGAAUUCUGUAGGAGGUUUAUGAAUGACAAGUUAGGAUAUGGUUCAUGGUUUGAGCAUGUACAAGAAUUCUGGGAACACCACAUGGAUUCCAAUGUACUUUUCCUCAAGUAUGAAGAUAUGCAUAAGGACCUAGCGACAAUGGUUGAGCAGCUGGUGAGGUUCUUGGGAGUUUCUUACGACAAAGCCCAGCUGGAGUCCAUGGUGGAACAUUGCCACCAACUCAUUGACCAGUGUUGUAAUGCAGAAGCCCUCCCUGUUGGCAGAGGACGAGUUGGACUAUGGAAAGACAUCUUUACUGUUUCAAUGAAUGAGAAGUUUGAUUUAGUUUAUAAACAGAAGAUGGGAAAGUGUGACCUCACAUUUGACUUUUAUUUAUAAAAAUGCAUGCAUACAAUAUUCAAAUACUAGCUAGAAGUGCUUUAUGCAUUCAUUUAUUACUUGCUGGACAAACUACUGUAGCUAUUGUGUGUAACAAGAUUUAAAAACAAAAAAGUUUGAACCACAGGGAAUAUGAUUAUGAUCUGGAACACCUGUUUAUCUUUUAGUACUUAUAAUCCUUCAUUCACAUUCAAGAACCUCCUAGAUAAUAUUAGAAUACUCAGCUGUUAUGGAAUGUAUUAUAUAAGGUAUGUAUCAUAUAUGCAGCUAGAAUGUACACCUUUUCAGUUCCACAACUAUUAAUGUAUUUUAUAAAAGCUUUUCAUUGGAACCUAAUUAACUUUUAGAAAACCAAAUAAAAGUUUAUUUCAGAGGGAAAUGAGUAACAGGCCAAAACUGUAUGCGAGAGUGAUCUCAGGGGUUUGUUGUCACAUUUAUUUUUAUAGCCGGAGUAACAAGUACAAAAUAACCCUGUCCCAAAAUGGUAAUGGUCAAAGAUGGGGACUUCAUUUAAUUUCUGCACUUCCAUUAUCUCUGUGGUUUCUGAGGGGAUACCAUUUACUGGCGAGACUGGCCAGUUCAUGAGACACAGCUGUGGUCACUGCCCCCCGCCCCAAACACAUACACUUACACACGCUUUCACAGCUGACAACAUGUAGUUGUAUUCAUAGCGAUGAGGUUUGUCCUUGGGCAGAAGGCCAUUAAAAGAAUCCUUUUGCCACUUGAGUCUCAUGCAGGCAUUCACAAUAGUGUGAUUUAAGUGGUACACAGACCUUGUGCUGGACUUAUGCUCACAAGACCAUUUUUCCUGCGGUUUUCUAUUCCCUUUCCUGGUUUUCUGUAGAGACAUGAGUUUGAGAAUGAACAUGUCAAGACAAACAGUGCUUUCUUAUCUCAAUGAAAUCACAGCACUUGAGGGCACUCAGUGUUUUUGCGCUACGGGACCCAUUUAGACAUAAGUUGAUGGAUGUCUAGGCUGGUACAAAUACGUAAAUGAAAUAGCAGUAGAGAAGAUAUUUGAUAAAUAUUCCAGUAGAGGGGAGUAGAACACAAGCAGCAGUGCAGGAUACAGUUGCAGUUACUGACUGUCAGCCAUGAACAGUCUGAAUUCUAAUCAGGAUUCAAGUUUAUUUCUGUAUGUCUUUUUAGUUCCCUAACUUGCCAUCAGGUAGUUACAUACCUAGCCUGGAGCAGUCUACCAUUACUGUGAGAUUCUCCAGAAUCAUUUUACUUUUGAUCCUCAUUUAAUUGCAUUUAUAUUUUUACGUUUUCAGCUGCAGGA